AUGUUACCCCGAAUGUGGUCCUCAAAUUUGAGGAUUGCCAAUAGAUCACGGGCAAUUUAUCACCAAAGGCUGCUCACCAGACAUAUAUGGAGCUUUGUAACUUCAUCCUCAAAGGUCGAUGAAGCCAAGAAGGAUUCUACGUCUCCUGAUGAGACUAUAGACGCCAAACCAUCCAGGUUUUCCCAUCUGAAAUCUUUUAUGGAAGAACCAAGUCACUAUGCCCCAGAAAACCCUGAACGGUAUCGCCAACAGGUGGCUCAAAAUUUCAAAAAUACCCCUAUGUUCACUGGAGCCGUCGAUAAAUUUAUGCAGUCAACCUUCGGGGAAGAGGCGGUGGACCUAAUUCCCCAGUACGGGCUGAUCGGUGCACGCCAGGAUUCUGGCGAGGCUCUAAGUGACGAUGACCUCGUUAUAGGCAAUGUCAACAUGCCUUGGUCCGCCUUUAUUUGCGGUUCCCAAGGAGCAGGGAAAAGUCAUACGCUUUGCUGUCUAUUGGAGAAUGCUCUCGCCACUGGCAACACUGCCGGCGCUCUUCCCCACCCCUUAUCUGGAAUGGUAAUGCACUACGACAAUUACUCCAGCCGUACCUCGACCCAGGUAUGCGAAGCGGCUUACCUAUGCUCGUCGGGCAUCCCUGUUAACAUCCUUGUUUCACCAUCCAACAUCUGGGCCAUGAAGGAAAAGUACAGCAACCUACCAGGCUUACCACCUGGUAGCCCACGGCCAAAGGUCAUGCCUCUGUAUCUUGAUGAACACCAACUGGAUGUAUCGAGAAUCUUAAAGCUCAUGGCCGUCGACCCAACAGCCGACAAGCCCCCACUGUAUAUGGAAAUUAUAAUGAACAUCAUCCGUGAGAUCGCAAUGGAGGGGGGGGAAUUCACAUACUCUCAUUUCCGCAAGCGUAUUGAUAAAACAUCUUGGCUACAGGGACAAGAGAUGCCUCUGAAUCUUCGCCUUCAGCUCCUGGAUAGCUUCAUCGCGCCCUCACCGUUGACAAAGUCUCCUCGCCCGGCAAAGUCUACAGAAAACAUAUGGUCGUUUGAGCCAGGCUCGCUGACUAUAGUCGAUCUGAGUGACCCAUUCGUUAGCUCUGAUGAGGCCUGCACGUUGUUUUCAAUUUGUCUUUCAAUAUUCCUCGAGAAUCGGAGUAAAUGCGGACAUAUAGUGGCAAUGGACGAAGCUCACAAGUUUCUUACGCAAACCGGAGAAGCACGUACCCUUACAAAUGAGCUUGUUUCGAUCAUUCGCCAACAGAGACACACCGGCACUCGCGUAUUAGUGGCUACCCAGGAACCUACACUAUCGCCCAAGCUCAUUGAUUUGGCUAACGCAACCUUUGUUCACCGUUUCCUCUCCCCGAAUUGGUAUGAAGUACUCAAGGGCCACCUGGCUGGAGCCAACACACAGGACCCUGGUAAGAGAAAUUCGCUCUUCCGUAAGAUCGUUAGUCUUCGUACAGGACACGCGCUAGUCUUUUGCCCGACAGCGCAAAUGGACGUCGUAUCUGUCGAUGGCACCAAGCAAGUGAGCCCACUCAACGAUGGCUAUAUCAAUAUCCAAAUCCGCAAGCGCUUCUCUGCAGACGGUGGUAAGAGUAUCAUGGCUUCAGAUCCGUCCAUGAAUACUACGACAGAUAAUAAUAUCGAUACUGUCCCUAUGUUCAUCCCGGGCGGCGCCAAAAGCAGUGGGAAAAUAACGACACGUAGGGCGGAACGUAAGGCAGACCGCAAGGGCAAGGCGGAGCCCGAGACGGAACAACAAAAUGAAUAUAAACUACAAGAAUGGGAGAGAGAAUGGCAAAGAGAAUUGGAGGAACAGGUAGAACGGGAAGAAGCUGACGAAGAGGAAAGAAUAACGAAUGCUAUACUUGAGAAGAAAACAAAAGGGGAAAGAGUAAAAGGCAUCAAAGACGAGUUCCAAGAAUACGUCAGGCAAGCAAUAAUCAACGCUCGCUCGUCGUUCAAGCUACACAACUGGAAAUCCCUGUCGGGGCGGCCAAGAAAGGAAAAGAUCAGAUUCUACAAAGACUUGGAUGCUUCGCUUUAUGUGCAGGAAGGCACAGUAUCAAGUAACAAGCAACUAAAAACGGUGGUGACCGACCAAGUUGAUAAGCAUUUGAAGAUGUGGCGCCAGAAACGACAUGAGGUGAGAGAGCUAAAGAUCCAUGGAACAAGAGAUGUAUCAAAGGAAGACGAAGAGUUUACAAACCUCCUCGAGGAUAUGGAAUACAGCAAGCCCGUGGACAACAUGCUCGUGGAGACUGAGACUGAGAGCGUGGAUGAGAGUAUGACCAAGGAGGAGCGUGAGAAGCAGCAGGCGGAAGUGAUUGAAAUGCUGAAUAACGCGGAAAGUGGGGAAGAGCUGGAGGCGUUGUUGAAGAAAUACGAAGACGUUAUGAGGGACUACAAUUGGGAGCCGACGGAGGGUGAGGAGAGCGGCGAAAAAGAAGGCGAAGUGGCGAAGACUGCCGAGGGCGGAGAUGAGGCAAGUAGUAGCCAGAAGGAGGGAGAGGUAAAGGAAGGAAAGGAGGAAAGCACGACGGAGGUGGCGGCAGACCAGGAGAGUGAAGUUACGGCGGAGGAGGUGGCGGCAGAUCAAACCGCGAAUGAGAACGAGGAAAAGGAACAAGCCGCGACGGAGCAAGAGAGUGAGAGCACGACCGAGGUGGAAGAACAAGAGAGUGACAACACGGUCGAGGUGACAGCAGAGCAAGAGAGUGAAGUUACGACGGAGGUAGCGGCAGAGCAAGAUGGGAAUGAGAAGAAGGCUGAGAGUGAGAAUGAGGAAAGGGAAGAAGGGGUGGCGGAGCAAAAGGGCGAGGAAGAGCCGAAAGCAGAAGCAGACGAGACCACGACCUCGGAACCGGAAGUAGAAGAACACGACAAGGAAGAGAAAAAGAAGGCGGAGCAGGCAUAG